GUUGCUUAGUCAAUAAUUAAGCACCACCCUCUUCCUCCCCUGCUCCUACUGUUCCCCCAACUUUAAAUAACAGUUUCUCUCUCCGCUUCCUUUUUCUCUCUCCUUUGCUUUCUCCCCCUUUACUCUCUCAGGUGGGCAGAGCCAGCACUGGCACCCGCUUUUUGGUCAAGAAAUGCGAGAAAAGAAGCUCGAGCAACAAGAUUCUGCAAUCGUGAGGUGAAGAAGAAGGAGAGGAGGAAGAAAUGGCCAGCAAUGGAGGCGGAACGGGCACCAGGAAUGGUGGGGCGGCCUCGAUCAGCGCUGCUGCGACCGCCUUCGCGUCAGCUGAGACGAGAUUCCCUCCCCAGCAACGGCGAAGGAGAUGGCGCUAUUUCUGGAGUGGGUUCUCUUGUUUUCGCUCACAAAAAGGGGGAAAGCGCGUAGUUCCAGCAUCUCGCAUUCCAGAUGUAAGCAUACCUGGAAACCACUCGAAUGGGCCUCAAUCUGGAGGCAUCUCUGCUCAAUCUACAGCGCUGGUGCCCUCUCUUCUUGCCCCACCAUCUUCUCCAGCGUCUUUCACUAAUUCUGCACUCCCAUCAACUGCUCAGUCACCAAGCUGUUUCCUGUCUCUGUCAGCAAACAUGAGUUCUCUUGAUGGACCUUCAUCCACCAUGUUUACAACAGGCCCAUAUGCACAUGAGACUCAACUAGUGUCUCCUCCUGUUUUCUCUACAUUCACUACAGAACCUUCUACUGCUCCACUUACCCCUCCACCAGAAUUGGCUCACCUUACCACUCCUUCAUCUCCUGAUGUGCCCUUUGCACGGUUGCUCUUGUCAUCCCUUGAACUAAAAGGUGCAAGAAAGGAAGACUGUGUGAAUCUUCCAUAUGAAACCUCUGGCUAUGUUUCUGCCAGUGAUCUUCAAGCAGCCUACCAACUUUAUCCUGGAAGUCCUGCCAGCCGCCUUGUUUCACCAAAGUCAGGACAAUCCACUGCUGGGCUGUCUUCUCCCUACCCUGAACAGGAGUUCCCUCCCCAGUGGAGCGCCUUAAUAUCUUCCCAAGAGAUGUUCCUUCCCAGAAACAAGCCCUCAAAGCUGUUUGGCAACAACAUCACAACUUCUAGGAAUUUCAGCCCUUCUCAGGAAUCUAGUUUCUUUUGCCCUGCUGCAUCAGCACAAUUUUAUCUCGACCAGGCACAACAACCGAGCUCAUCCUAUCCUCACUGUGGUGGGAGGUUAAGUCUUUCAAGGGAGGCAGAUGCAUACUCUAAUGUUGGCAACACACACCAUAGGCACAGCAAAGCACGCAAAUCAGAUGCUGAGGAGAUUGAAGCAUAUAGAGUCUCCUUUGGAUUCAGUGCAGAUGAAAUUAUUACUGCUCCUCAUUAUGUAGAACCUUCAGAUGUAAUCGAGGACUCCUUCACAAUUAUACCAUUUGCAACUACUAUUCCAUAUACUAAAGAUUCUGCACUCUCUGACAUGAAGAUGGAAGGGGAAAGGAUGCAGGUGAAAAGUCCAAAUUCGUUGGAUGCUGAAGUUUCAAAAUCUUCAAUAGAUCAAAAUGAAGGUGGUAUUAAGCAUGUGAUGCAGAAUACUUCUGGUACUGAUCCAUGUGCAGAUGCUGGGUCACGUGAGCAGACAGGAGACCUGUUUCCAUCCAGCAGUUCAAGUAACCCUGCUAUGCUUGGACAAGAAAUACCUCCGGAAGAGGAUUUGGAUGUUAGUAAAGGAUGUCAGGCAGUUUUGUCAGGUCCAGAAGGAGGAACUGAACAUAAAGCUGGAAGAGCUGAAGAUGGAAGAGAUGGCCUGACAUAAUGCUAUCUACUAACCAGUAUUUCUGAAUGGUUAUACUAAUUAGCAGGUUACUUUAUUUUCAGGUUCAGGGUAAGAAUAUGUAUGAAAUUAUGUCAAAGUGAUGCAGUGGUCUAACCUUUUUCAACUCCUGUAGCAGCAACUGAUCUGCAUGCUAGGCUUAGGUGCAUUUCACCUGUUCCUUUACGCUUUGGUUUUUCUGUUGAUAAUGUUAUGUGCUAUCUUGAUACAGACUGGUAGUAGAAAAUGUCAGUUGCCACGGCAUGCUUACUUCAGCAUUAGGAUGUUAUGGAGCAGUAGUCACGCGUGCCCUUGUAAAAUGAGAUAGCCGCUAAAUUAAUGGCUUACUUGUGCACUUGUAAGUGUUUGAUCUGCUAUUGAAUUCUGUGGAUUUAUCAUGUA